GGCCCCUCGACGCCAUCGUACUUGGCUUCACGGUUCGGCUCGCCCAUUCCCUCCAGGAUGGCGACGACCGUCCUAUGCAGCACGAUCGGCUUCUCAGCGCCAUCGUGUCUCUUUCACGUUCGGAUCGCCCCAUUCCCUUCCAGGAUGGCGACGAACGUCUCUUAUGCAGCACGAUCAGCGCCCCAGCGCCAUCGUGUCUGGCUCACGUUAGGGUCGCCCAUCCCUUCCAGGAUGGCGACGAACGUCUCUUAUGCAGCACGAUCAGCGCCCCAGCGCCAUCGUGUCUGGCUCACGUUAGGGUCGCCCAUCCCUUCCAGGAUGGCGACGAACGUCUCUUAUGCAGCACGAUCAGCGCCCCAGCGCCAUCGUGUCUGGCUCACGUUAGGGUCGCCCAUCCCUUUCAGGAUGGCGACGAACGUCUCUUAUGCAGCACGAUCAGCGCCCCAGCGCCAUCGUGUCUGGCUCACGUUAGGGUCGCCCAUCCCUUUCAGGAUGGCGACGAACGUCUCUUAUGCAGCACGAUCAGCGCCCCAGCGCCAUCGUGUCUGGCUCACGUUAGGGUCGCCCAUCCCUUUCAGGAUGGCGACGAACGUCUCUUAUGCAGCACGAUCAGCGCCAGCGCCAUCGUGUCUGGCUCACGUUAGGGUCGCCCAUCCCUUUCAGGAUGGCGACGAACGUCUCUUAUGCAGCACGUCUGCCCCUCGGUGCUGACAUGCCCGUUUUAUCGAUGAGAGCCACCGCUUUCUAUCACAUCUCACAUUCCUUCUCUCAUACAUUGCACUCAUACAUUACAUGCAUUCAUGCAUUCAUGCAUCAUACCUCAUACAUUCAUACAUACACACGUGCAUCAUGUUUUGACAGUACCGCGAUGUCGGUUUAUAGAUGCAUGGACCUCUAAGCUUCUCCGUUGGAAAGCUCGAGUCAGAGUCCUUUACUCUCGCCUGAUGCAUUCAGGGGGAGCGUGCCCGUGGAGGAGCACCUUUCGCCCGACCCCAUCGGGAACGGGGGUGCCUCACCGGCAGAUUACGUUCAGGAGUGUGGACAUCCACUCAUAUAUUAUGAUUAUUCGAAGACACAGGUUCCAGCUAGACCGAGGUAAAGCGCAGGCAAGAGUAUAUUUUCUCGAGCAGAUUCGCACGCUCACUACUCAAGAAACUGGGGGACUUGUGUUGGGAUAUAUUAUCCCGGCCUAUUACUGUUCAAGAGCCCAAGAUAUUAUCCAGUACGGAGCCUGAACAGUUAGGACCAUUUCGGCCCAUCCGGCCCACUUUAGCCUUUGGGCCUGUUUCGGCCCACUUGGCCCAUUAGGGUGGAGAGUACUUCCCAUCCCCUUUCCUUAUAAAUAUGGGGGUUUCCCUCCAUAUGAAGGAUCCCCUUUUUCCUCCUUCUUCAUGCUUCUUCUUCUCUAGAUUAUAUAAUACUCCAUUAAUGGGAGCUUCAAGCUUGUAUAAUGUAAUGGUGAGGAGUGCCUAAUGAGAAUUGAGAGGGCUUGGACAUUAGCCUAAAAAGUCCCGUGGUUUUCUCCCUUUCGGGUUUCCACGUAAAAACUGAGUUGUUCAUACACAUUUAUACAUAUAUUUACUAUAUCGUGUUGGAUUAAACUCAACACCCAUAUACCUAGCCUUACCCACAUGAUAAAUAUCCCUUGUUCACCCCCUUUGAGCCCAUUUGUUUUAAUAAGCGUUAUAUGUUUAACCCUGCUUUUCUUAUUUUCUUUCAUAAAAACCAGUUAUAUGUGACCCUUAGCCUAAAAGCCAAACACUUUCCAACCACCCUAGAAUGAACUUUGCAUAAAUUUUAAUGAGUUUAGAGAGUGUCAUUCACAUUUAGGGAGCUUUAAUAAUUACACUUUUGUGAUUACUUAGUUGUUAAUAUUCGUUUAUAGGGGUAGUUGUUCUUGUUGUAUCAUCAUUGUACAUAUUAUUCUUGUAAAUUCUUAGUGUUAGAAGCAUUAAAAAGCCUUGAAAAAAAAAUAAAAAAAAAACAGAAAAAAAGAAAAUGAAAAAAAACAAUCUAUACAAGGCUGAAUAUCCAUGUAUAUGCUUCUCUCUUUUGUGUAUUUUUCUUGUACAUUAAUUUACCCUUUUUACUAGUUACUAUCCCUAACUUUAAAAAAAUAACAAGUGUUGUAUAGAUUAUUGUCAAAAGCUCCUACUCACUACUUAGUACCUCUCUAAAUUUGUUAAAUUUAUGUCAAGUUCAUUUCUUUUGUUUCCUCAUUAAUUCCCUUUGUUCAUAAGCCUAUCCCACAGACCCCAUUAUAACCCAAUGUUAAAAGUCCUAAUUGAUCUUAAUUGUGUUUUGUCUUAAAUAAGUUGAUAGGAAAAUCUUAUUUUGCAUAAUUUUGCAUGAUUGAACAAAUGAAGCUAGAUUCCAUGUUCACACCACACACUUUGUGUUUGUUAGAGUUGAGAUUUGACCAAAACGUUUCAAAUGAUAUGCACAAUAUUUUUAUGAUUCUCACUUCUCUUAUUUUGUGACAAGUCAAGGGAAUUUGAUUAAACAGGUGGAGUGAAAGUAAAGUGUGCAUGAUUUGAGGAUUACACAUAUGAUUUGGCAAUUCAUUUUUGCAUGCUCGUUUGCUUGUGUGAAAUGUAAAUAUUUUUGCUUGAGGACAAACAAAAUCUUAAGUAUGGGGGAGUUGAUGUACUCCUAAUUUACCAUAUUUAUGAUCUUGUUUUGUCACAUUUUUAAUACUUUAUUUCUCAUUUUUAAAUAAAAUGGAUUGAUCUUUAUCAUCUUGGACAUUUUAAGGUAUUGCACUUGUUUUGGUAUACUUUUGAGUUUCAGGAUAAUUCGGAACAAUCAUCAAAGUGAAGCGAGUCCUUACUUUAUCUCCGAAAUAUUUAUACAGAGACCCGAAGUUCAUUUCAGAAUAAAUCAGACUGUCCACAAUAAAAUGUACCGGUUAACUGUUUGACCAGUCAACUGAUCAAACAGCUAACCGGCCAAAUAAAGAAGUGGCGAACAAAGAGCCAAGCUGACAACAUUAUUCACUCCAUUAUUGUGAAUAAGGCUCCACCGUAGAAAAACUCGAAGAAGAAAACAAAGGAGAUUAAAUACAUUGUAUUGAUCCACCAACUGCAUACAAAGCUGUCUUCAUCAUCUCCAUUCUGCAAUCAAGAGAACAACGGCAAAACAGAAGAAAACAGUAGCCGGCGAAGGAAAAAACGGCAAUUGAACAGCGGCUGGUACUAUUUGCAGAAAGAAAUUAAGCAAGUGACAAUCACAUCUAAUGAAGGCUGAGGUAAUAGCACACCAAGAAUCAUUGAUCAGCAUCUUCGUUUCAGAUUUCUUCUAUGGCCUAGCUCCUUCUCCGGCUGCUAUAUAAAGGGUCAUUUGGGAGCUGCGAAAAUACACCAAUUCGGAGAGAAAUCUCCUUCUUCUUUCUUUAGUUCAGUUUGUAUUAGUAGUUAUUUAAUAAAUAGUUCUUUCUAGAGCUACUAUGUAUAAAUCAGUACUCCUGUAAAGUUAGUUUCCAGCAAUUUCAGUCUUGAGUUCGUCAUCUUGUGCACUCCAGUUACAGAAAAGCC